AUCCUUGAGCCUUCCAGUCCUCUAGGCUCGAACAGCUUUUUAAGGGAUGAAGAUAAGAAGGAGAAAUUGAAAGGACCUGCCCAAAAAACUUUGCCAGGCACACAUCUAGAAUGGAGACUUGGAAGACAUUUUGGGAGAUCAUCUUCCUUGCAGCCAGCUUUGGCUUCAUCAACUCACAGAGAACUGGCUGCAGAGAGGCCUACAUGGGAGAUGUCGUAUUUCUAGUGGACACCAGCAAUGACUCCCAAAGUAUCAGCAAUAUUCGGCGCUUGUUGUAUAACACAGUGAAUAACCUCAAUGUCAGCAGAGAGAUGAUCCGCGUGGGGCUGGCCCAGUACAGAGACGUGCCCCAUUCCGAGUUCCUACUUUCCACAUACCGCCACAAAAGCGAUGUGUUGAAUCACAUUCGGAGGUUGCCAUUGAAAUCUGUGGGCCCUGGGGGCAAAAAGAUGGGCCUGGCCCUGCAGUUCCUUCUAGAUCACCACUUCCAGGAAAGAGCUGGGAGCCGAGCAAGCCAGAGAGUGCCUCAGGUCGCCAUAGUGAUCAGCAGCAGCCCAGCUGAGGACUCGGUGCAGGAACCUGCUGAGGCACUUAAGACUGCAGGCAUCCUGCUUUAUGCUGUUGGCCUCAGAGGUACAUCUAAGGCAGAGCUCAGGAAGAUUGCCAGCAGUCCUGAGAAGAAGUUUCUCUUUUUUGUCCCCAGCUACUCUACUUUGGGCAGCCUCACCCAGAGGCUACAGAAGGAGCUCUGCGAUACUUUCGCAAAGGCAGCCCAACCACUUGACCAUGUCUCUCCAGCUUGCAGAGAAGCAGUCCUGGCAGAUAUUGUCUUUCUGGUAGACAGCUCAACCAGCAUCGGACCCCAGAACUUCCAGAAAGUGAAGAACUUCCUUCACUCUGUCAUCCUGGGGCUUGACAUUGGCAAGGACAAGGUCCGAGUGGGACUCGCUCAGUAUAGUGACAACAUCUACCCAGCCUUUCAGUUGAACCAAUACUCUCAGAAGGGUGUGCUCCUCGAUCGUAUCCAGAAUCUGCCCUACCGUACAGGAGGCACAAACACAGGGGCUGCCCUGGAGUUUAUCAGGACCAAGUACUUGACCGAGGCAGCUGGCAGCCGGGCCAAGGAGCGGGUUCCUCAGAUGGUUAUCCUGGUGACAGAUGGGGAGUCAAAUGAUGAAGUCCAGGAGGCAGCUGACAGGUUGAAAGAAGAUGGAGUUGUUGUGUAUGUGGUAGGCAUCAACGUCCAGGAUGCCCAGGAGCUGCAAAAAAUAGCCAGUGAGCCCUUUGAGAAGUUUCUCUUUAACACUGAAAACUUCAAUAUCCUGCAGGAUGUUGCAGGAGGCAUUCUUCAGACACUGUGUUUAGCAGUGGAGGGUAAAAUGAAAGAUCCAGAAUUCACCCAGGCCUAUGGAGACGUGGUCUUUCUUGCGGACACCUCACAGAACACAUCACAGGCCAGUUUCCAGUUGAUGCAGAAUUUCAUCUCCAGAGUGAUUGGUACACUAGACAUUGGCAGGAACAAGUACCAGGUUGGGCUGGCUCAGUAUGGUGGUCAAGGCCACACUGAAUUUUUGUUCAAUGCCUACCAGAGCCAGGAGGAGAUGAUUGCUCAUGUCCGUGAACACUUUGUGCUCCGGGGUGGCUCCAGGAGGACGGGCAAAGCUCUACAAUACCUCUACCAGACCUUCUUCCAGGAGGCAGCGGGAAGCCGGUUUCUCCAGGGCAUCCCCCAGUAUGCAGUGGUCAUUACUUCUGGCCAAUCUGAGGAUGAGGUCCUGGAAACCGCACAGAUGUUGAAGAGGAAAGGCGUGAAAGUCAUAUCUGUGGGUGUACAGGACUUUGACAGAAGAGAACUGGAGGAGAUGGGGACCCCAUCCCUUAUAUAUGAGAUACAAGGACAAGAUGGAGUCAGACAGGAGACACAAAAUGUGCAUGAGGUGAUCAAUAGGAUGGGGCGGUCUGAGUUCACGACAGUGCCCGUGGAAGAGACUACGGCAGCAUGUCCAACUGCAAUCCCUGCUGACUUAGUAUUCCUCAUUGAGGAGUUUAGCAGGGCCAGGGAACUGAAUUUCCAUCAAGUUAUCAAUUUCUUGAAGACUACCAUUAGCUCUCUAAGCAUUCAUCCUGAUCUUGUGAGAGUCAGCUUGGUUUUUUACCAUGAGGAACCACGACUUGAGUUUGCACUGGAUGCAUUUCAGACUCCAGCCAAAAUCUUGGAGCAUUUGAACAAAUUAACCUACCAGGAAAAAAGAGGAAGGGCCAAGACUGGUGCUGCUUUGGAUUUCCUAAGGAAUGAGGUUUUCGUGCAGGAGAAGGGUGGCCGGGCCAAGACAGGUGUGCAGCAGAUAGCUGUGGUCAUCACGGAAGGCUUCUCUCAAGAUAAUGUGUCCAGACCAGCUUCCCUCCUCCGUAGGACAGGGGUUACCAUCUAUGCAGUGGGCACCGAGCUUGCCUCAGAGAGUGGGAACCUGGAGAGGAUAGCAUCAUAUCCUCCUGGGAAGCAUGCCAUUUCUCUGGAAUCCUUUUUGCAUCUCUCCACUGUGGGAAGCAUGAUUAAGAACCAGCUCUGCCCUGAGACUAGUGGCAAAACAUUUUCCAUUACUGAGAUGGACAAUGUUCUACAGACAGGCUGUGUGCACAUCGAGGAGGCUGAUAUUUACUUCCUUAUUGAUGGGUCUAGCAGCAUCAGACAAGAUGAUUUUCUUCAAAUGAAGGCGUUCAUGAAGGCGGUGAUAAAGAUGUUCCAUAUUGGGCCUGACAAAGUACAGUUUGGAGUCGUUCAGUACUCAGACCGAAUUAACAGUGAAUUCAUCCUCAGCCAGUAUCCCAGUGUGGCACAGCUGAAUGUGGCCAUUGAUGGUAUCCAGCAGAGCGGAGGUGCCACCAGUACAGGUCAGGCCUUGAGAACCAUGGCUCAGGUCUUUGCAGACACUGCUCGCAGCAACACACCUCGGUAUCUCAUAGUCAUCACCCAUGGUCAGUCUCAGGACGAGGUGGCCGUGCCUGCAAAGGCAUUGAGGAACAACAGAGUCAACAUUUAUGCCAUUGGGGUCAGAGACGCUAACACUGCUGACCUUAAGGAGAUAGCUGAAGACAGGAUGUUUUUCGUGUAUGAGUUUGAUUCUUUGAAGGCCAUCCAACAGGAAGUGGUAAAAGACAUCUGCUCCUCAGAGAUCUGUAAGAAGAGGAAAGCUGACAUUAUCUUUCUGAUAGAUGGUUCAGAAUCCAUCUCCCCAAAAGACUUUGAAAAAAUGAAGGGAUUCAUGAAGAGGAUGGUGAAUCAAUCUAAUAUCGGUGCUGAUGAAAUUCGGAUUGGCCUUUUGCAGUUCAGCUCGGACCCCCAGGAAGAAUUCAGGCUCGACCACUUCUUCCUCAAGGAGGAAAUUCGUGAAGCCAUCUCAAAAGUUCAGCAGAUGAACGAUGGCACCCGAACUGGGAAAGCCCUGAAUUUCACUCUGCCUUUUUUUGACAGUUCAAGAGGAGGGAGACCCAGUCUUCUUCAGUAUUUGAUUGUGAUCACUGAUGGGGUGGCCCAGGACGAUGUAGACAUGCCAGCCAAGGCCCUCAGGGACAGAAACAUAAUUAUUUUUGCCAUUGGUGUAGGAGGGGCUGAAAAGUCCCAGCUUUUGCAGAUUACUAAUGACCCUGACAAAGUGUACUAUCAAGACAAUUUUGAGUCCCUGCAGAACCUGGAGAAGGAAAUUCUUUACAAGGUCUGCAUUCCACAAGAAUGCAACAUAGAUUUGUCUGUAGGAAUUGACCUCUCCACUUCCACAAGGCAAAAUUGGGAGAAGCUUCAAGAGUUACUGCCAGAGCUGAUGCAACAGUUGGCUGUGCUUUCUAACAUCAGCUGUAGCACUUCCGGUCAGAUCAACACAAACUUUCGCUACUUGGUUCCUGACUUAGAAGGCCGGCUUGCCUUUGACUCAGGCUUUGGCAAAUACAGUAAUGAAAUUAUUCAGAAGUUCUUGGUUCAUCAGGCUGCCAAGAUCAACCAUAUGGAUGUGGACUUUUUGCUAUCCUUGGGAGAUAAUGCUAUCCUCUCCUCUUCUGCUAAAGUGAAGGUCCUUUUAGUGUUUACAGACGGACUGGAUGGUGACUUACAGAGACUGAAGGAAACAUCCAUGCUUCUCCGUGGCAAAGGAUUCUCUGCGCUCCUCAUUGUUGGCCUGGAAAGUGUACAUAAACUGGAAGAGCUUCAGGAGCUGGAAUUUGGCAGAGGAUUUGCAUAUAAUCAGCCUCUGAGCAUCACACUGCAGUCCCUCCCAAGCAUCUUACUGAAGCAACUUGACACAAUCAUGGAAAGGACAUGCUGCAAUACAUAUGCAAAGUGUUUUGGAGAAAAGGGGCAAAGAGGUGAUUCUGGGAACCCAGGGAGGAAGGGAGAGAAGGGGCCUGACGGAUUACCUGGCUAUCCUGGUGACGAAGGUGAACAUGGAGAAAGAGGUCCCCAAGGUCUUCCUGGACGCCGAGGUGAAGAAGGAUGCCCAGGUGUGAGAGGACCCAAGGGAGUACGAGGAUUUUCAGGAGAGAAGGGUGACGCUGGUGAGGAUGGCGUUGAUGGCUUGGAUGGAGAACAGGGUAAUCAUGGCAUCCCAGGAUCAUUUGGAGAAAAAGGAGACAGGGGAAAUCGGGGCUUGCCAGGACUGCCUGGACAACCUGGAGAGCAUGGAGAGACUGGGUUAAGGGGCGAUCCUGGGGAUCCUGGAAUUCAUAGUUACAUCCAAGGCCCUAAGGGAGAAACAGGAAGGCGUGGACAGCAGGGAAGUUCUGGUUACAAUGGACCUCAGGGGGUACCUGGAAAUGUUGGCCCUCAGGGGUCAAGAGGAAGACAAGGUCUGCCAGGAUUGCAGGGUGUGCGUGGAGAAUCUGGUGAACGUGGUUACCAAGGAGAACCCGGGUAUCCAGGCUCACAGAGACCAAGAGGAAGGCAAGGACCACCAGGAACUCUUGGACCGAAGGGCUUACUGGGUGCUCAGGGGAAUCCUGGGCCGCCAGGGCCAGGUGGUUCAAAAGGAAAAGCUGGACCAAGAGGAAUGAAGGGAGAGCAUGGUGUUGCAGGACAGAGAGGCCCACGGGGUCAACAAGGACCAAGAGGGCAACCUGGUUUUUUUGGUCCCGAUGGAUAUGGACGUCCAGGAAGAAAAGGAAGAAAGGGUGAACCUGGAUUUCCUGGCUAUCCUGGCACAAAAGGAGAAGCUGGUGACCCAGGCCACCGAGGAGAGAAGGGGGCGAAGGGAAUCAGAGGGAAGAGGGGUAAUGCUGGCCUUCCAGGAUUUGUUGGAACUCCAGGUGAGCAAGGCCCACCAGGACCACAGGGCAUCAAGGGCCCCAAAGGCUUGGCAGAUAUGAUGCCUUGUGAAAUCAUCAAUUUCACACGAAAAAACUGCCCUUGUUCAACAGGUGUUUCCAAAUGCCCAGUGUUCCCCACUGAAGCGGUCUUUGCCUUGGACAUGUCCAGUGACAUCUCUGAGUUGGAGUUUGAGAGGAUGAGAGACAUUUUAUUGUCUCUGUUGAUGAAGAUGGAAAUAAGUGAGAGUAACUGCCCAAAGGGUGCCCGAGUGGCCAUCAUUGCAUACAACAACAAAAUAGAUUACCUGAUUCGCUUCUCAGACUACAAAAGGAAGCCUGCACUCCUUCAGGCAGUCCAGAAAAUUCCCCUGAAGAGGUCAUCUGGCAGCAGGAACCUUGGGGAUGCCAUGAGGUUUGUGGCCAGACACGUAUUCAAACGUGUGCGCUCGGGCCUUCUCACGAGGAAAGUGGCUGUGUUCUUCCAGGCAGGCUGGGCCAAUGAUGCCGAUUCCAUCAACACUGCCACCCUGGAGCUCAGUGCGCUGGACAUCAUCCCUGCAGUCAUCACCUUCACAGAGGACCACAACCUCCCAGACGCCCUGGUGAUGGAUGCAACCAACAGAUUCCACCUGUUCGUCUGGGAGACGAAGAGCCAGCAGGAUGUGGAGCACGUGGCCCGCUGCAUUCUCUGCCAUGACAAUUGCCAACCAGCCCUGGAGUGCAGGUCGGGCAUGCCCAGCCCCCUGGCAAUGGACAUGGAUGUGGCAUUCGUGGUGGAUAGUUCCCACAGCGUUGGAGUCGAUGUGUACCAUGCCGCAUUGAGUCUAGUGGAUGCCAUACUGAACAACCUGGAGGUGGCUGCUCAGCCGAAUGCAUCCCCCUAUGGGGUGCGUGUGGCUCUGGUGAUGCACACAACUCCAGGCUUCUGGCCAGGAACGGGACGCCCACCUGUACAUGAGGGUUUUUUUCUGACCUCCUAUGGCCACCGGGCACAGAUGCAGAGGCACAUCCAUGAGGUUGUGGGCCACCCUCUGCAGGGACCCCCAGCUCUGGGUCACGCCCUUGAAUGGACACUGGAGAAGGUGCUCUUGGCAGCCCCCCUGCCCAGGAAGGCACAGGUUCUCUUCGCCAUCGUGGCCAGUGAGACCAGCAGCUGGGACCGGGAGAAGCUUAGAACUUUGUCCUUGGAGGCCAAGUGCAAGGGGAUCACCCUAUUUGUGCUUGCCUUGGGCCCUGGCGUGGGAACCCAUGAGCUGGCUGAGCUGGCUCAAGUGGCCAGCACCCCCUCUGAGCAGCACCUGCUACGUCUGGAGGGGAUCUCAAACCAAGAGAUGAACUAUGCCCAGGGCUUCACACGGGCCUUCCUGAACCUCCUAAAAAGUGAAACAAAUAAGUACCCACCCCCAGAGCUCAGUGAAGAAUGUGGGGGCCCCAGCCGAGGGGACACUCGGCAGCAACCACACAGGCUUAUCGAGAGGCAGCGCAAGCGCUGGAGCGGCAUGUCUGGCUCUGCUGAUGAUUUGGCAGCACCUGAAGCAACAGACUUUGGUCUAGAGAACAGAACAGCCAUGAUGACAUCUAUAACUCUGAAAGAAGCACUUGAAAAUUAUGAGAAGAACGGAUAUGCCACUGAGGAAAAUGAACAAGAAAUGUCUGCAAAACAAAAGAAAAAUGGUCCUUGUUUUAUGGAUCCAAUGGAAGGCGAGUGCCAGGACUACAUCCUGAAAUGGUACUAUAACAAGAAGGAGCGGGCUUGCCAACCGUUCUGGUAUGGCAGCUGUGGGGGCAAUGCCAACCGGUUUGAAACCAAGGAAGAAUGCGAGGUUCAGUGUGCCACAACACCUCUGUAGAGCCAAGUAGAGCCUCGGGACUGUUGCCUCUGUGGUAAUAGGCGAUGAAGCUGACAUUGCCUUUCCUGAGACAGUGCCACACAGCUCAUGAGUAACGAAGCCCACUCUUUACUCUCAGAGGUCAAUUCCUAACCCCCUGAAUUUUUUCCUGCCAGUGGGGGCUAGACCUGUGAUUUGAGAAGGAUGGUGUUCUAGUACUUUAAAAAGUGACCGAAACUUUCCUGAAAGUUAUUUAAAUGAUUUAGAAUUGAAUGGAAAAGAAACUUGAACUUGACAUAACAUUAUUUUUUUUGUCUACGUAACAAAAGAAAAAUCAAUGUAAGCAGUGAGUCCAAACUAAUUUAAAAGUGAGUUGAAACUUUUUUUAACCACUAGAAGGCCUGGAAGUAUUCAUCAAAGCAGGGGUUUGGAAAAAUGGACAUUUAUUGUGAAAUUUCACCCUGACUACGUAGUGUGAAAAUAAAGGCAUUCUCAAUAAAUCA